CGUUACAGGCUCCUACCGGGGCCGGGACCUGGGGUUUGGGGACAGGGCGGGUGGCGCAGAGCCGUUACCCUCCCGUCCCCGCCGUCCCUUACCGGGGAGGAGCCGGGGGAGAGGGGAGGGAGGGACGGGAGGGUGGGGGGGGGUGGGGGUCUCCCCAUGAAGCGCCGGAGGAUGAACAAGCUGUACAUCGGGAACCUCAGCCCCGCCGCCACCGCCGAGGACCUCAGGCAGCUUUUCGGGGAGAGGAAGCUGCCCCUGGCCGGCCAGGUCCUGCUCAAGUCCGGCUACGCCUUCGUGGAUUACCCGGACCAAAAUUGGGCCAUCCGGGCCAUCGAGACCCUCUCGGGGAAAGUGGAGCUGCACGGCAAAGUGAUGGAGGUGGAUUAUUCCGUGCCCAAAAAGCUCAGGAGCAGGAAGAUCCAGAUCCGAAACAUCCCCCCCCACCUGCAGUGGGAGGUGCUGGAUGGCCUGUUAGCUCAGUAUGGGACAGUGGAGAACGUAGAGCAAGUCAACACAGACACAGAAACAGCUGUUGUCAACGUAACAUAUGCAAGUAAAGAAGAAGCAAAAGUAGCAAUUGAGAAGCUGAGCGGCCACCAGUUUGAGAACUAUUCCUUCAAGAUUUCCUACAUCCCGGAUGAAGAGGUGAGCUCCCCUCCGCCCCCCCAGCGAUCCCGCCGCGGGGGCCACUCUUCCAGGGAGCGGGGCUCCUCCCCGGGGGGCUCCUCGCAGCCCAAACAGCUCGAUUUCCCACUGCGGAUGCUGGUGCCCACGCAGUUUGUUGGUGCGAUCAUAGGAAAGGAGGGCUUGACCAUAAAGAACCUUACUAAGCAAACCCAGUCCAAGGUUGACAUCCAUCGGAAGGAGAACGCUGGCGCCGCCGAAAAGCCCAUCACCAUCCAUGCCACGCCAGAGGGGUGCUCCGAAGCGUGUCGCAUGAUCCUUGAUAUCAUGCAGAAGGAGGCUGAUGAAACUAAAUCAACAGAAGAGAUUCCCUUGAAAAUCCUAGCACACAACAGUCUGGUGGGGAGGCUGAUUGGCAAGGAGGGCCGCAACCUCAAGAAGAUUGAGCAGGACACGGGCACGAAGAUCACCAUCUCCCCUUUGCAGGAUUUAACCAUUUAUAACCCCGAGCGGACCAUCACAGUAAAGGGCAGCACAGAGGCGUGCUCCAAUGCCGAAGUGGAGAUCAUGAAGAAGUUGCGAGAGGCCUACGAGAAUGACGUCGUGGCCAUCAAUCAACAAGCCAACCUGAUCCCUGGACUGAACCUCAGUGCUUUGGGCAUCUUCUCGACGGGACUGUCCAUGCUCCCAUCCACCCCAGGGGCCAGAGGGGCUGCGGCAGCCGCCCCGUACCACCCGUUUGCACAGCAGAGCGGUCGGAGGAGAACGAGCUCCUCAGCGUAUCUCUCGGGUCUGUACGGAGCCCCCCCAGCCGGCACCUUCCCCCAUCAGCACCCCCUGCCGGAGCAGGAGGUUGUGAACCUGUUCAUCCCGACGCAGGCGGUGGGGGCCAUCAUCGGGAAGAAGGGGCAGCACAUCAAGCAGCUGGCGCGGUUUGCAGGUGCCUCCAUCAAGAUCGCCCCGGCAGAAGGUCCCGACGCCAGCGAGCGGAUGGUCAUCAUCACAGGGCCACCCGAGGCUCAGUUCAAGGCCCAGGGGCGAAUAUUUGGGAAGCUGAAAGAGGAAAACUUCUUUAACCCGAAAGAAGAAGUGAAGCUUGAAGCCCACAUCAAGGUGCCUUCCUUCGCCGCUGGCCGCGUGAUAGGCAAAGGUGGCAAGACGGUGAACGAAUUGCAAAACUUAACGAGUGCAGAAGUCAUAGUGCCACGAGACCAAACCCCGGACGAGAACGAGGAGGUCAUCGUUAAAAUCAUUGGGCAUUUCUUUGCCAGUCAGACUGCACAGCGCAAGAUCAGGGAAAUCGUCCAGCAGGUGAAGCAGCAGGAGCAGAAACACGCUCAGGGAGCCCCGGCCUCGCAGCCCAGCAAGUGAGGCUCCCGCCGUGCCGGCCAGCACCGCCCGAUGAAUGUAACCCCGCCGCCGGACUCCCCCCCCGCCACCCCCCCCAGCAGGUCAGGGGAGCAAACCAAAGACCCCCCCCCACCCCGCCGUCCCGAGCCCCCCUCCCCGCGGCCCGGGGUGCUGGGAGGCUGCGCAGCCCAGGGGUACGGGGAGGGGGGGGCUCUCUCUCUCCAUCCCACAGCCUCCCCCUUAACUCCGUCGCCUCCCGACGCUAUCCCUUUAGUUGGACUAACAUAGGCAGAGAGAGAGAAUUUGUUGUUGUUUGCAGUUUGGUUUUUGUUUUUUGUUUUUUUUUUUUUUUUAAAUUUUCUUUUUAAUUUCCUAAAAGCCACCCGUUUCACCCAGGCACGGCCGGAGGAGCUCCCCCCAGCGUUGGGGCCGGGGGGGGGGGGGCGGGGGGGGGGAACGGACACGGACGUUCAGCGCACAGGGCGGCGCUCAUCAAUUUUAAUUUUAUUUUUUUUUUUAGAAUUAAUAUAUCGAUAACGAAACUAACGCCGAUUUUUAAGUUUUGUAAGAACGUUUUGUUUUGGGGUUUUUGUUUGUUUUUUUUUUUUAAUUCUUUUUUAAUUUCAGAGGGGUCGGGGGGGGGGAACGUUUGUGGGUUUUUUUAGCAAAAGCCGGCUUUUCUAGACGUUUAAGGAAAGGAGCUAGUCCAUUGGUUCUCUAAUGCACAGUAGAGCAGAGCUGUAGGAUUGCCAGCAGGGGAAAAGAAAAAUAAUAAUUAAAAGAGUGUUAAAAAAGCGAUUUCUUAAGGGCUUUGAGAAGAGCAGUGCCUGUAUGAGCCAACAGAAGGGAUACCGUCUCCUAAAAGAGGAAUCUCUCCUUCACACGCCCUUUCCUCUUUGCUUCACAGAGUCCAAAAGUGGGGUUUGCAUCUGUUCUGUCCCCCCUGUCCCUUCGUCGUGUCCCCCCCCCCCGUCACCACGCCACGCAGCCGCGCUCGGCACCCAAAGCCCCGGAAAACCACAGGCAGCCCCAGCCCUGCCGGCUUUGGGCAGGGAAGAUCCCCGUUGUAGGGAGAGGAGGGGAAAAGGGGCUGGGGGUGGGGCUGGGGGGGGACAGAUUUACAAGAGCUUGUCGGCCCAGGGCUGGAAAAAAAACCAACAAGCACCAUUUUUAUUUUUUUAAAAAAAAUUCAAAAAAAAAACCCAAAACCCCACCAACCCCACCUGACACACGCAGACACACACACACAAAAACUACCUCAGGUUUUCGUACCUCAGCACCUUGCGCUUGUGUUUCCCUUCUAGAGAUUUUGUAUGCCUUGUAAAACUGAUAGUUGGAGCAUUUUUUUAUUUUUUUAAUAAAAAAAAAAAACAACGAGUUGGAAAACGAUCUCGACCAAGUGCGAGGCGGGAGAAGGAAACCAUCCCACGUGUCCCAGAGCUCUUCCGUAGUCUCCUUCUGCUAGCUGAGAGCCAGUGGCCAUGCCUUCGGAGAAAGCUUGAGAAAUGUUUAAAAAGAAAAAAAAAAAAAAAAGGAAAAAAAAAAAAAAAACAA